GGUUGAGACUUGAAAUUAUUCUCCGGCGGAGACAAUGGAAUCUUCCGUCGCUCCGUUUCCUCACCGACGCACGCAUCUGCCGAAUCGAAAUUAUCGCUCUUUGCUUCAUCACCUCUGCUCGAGUUUCGAUCGUGAGCCUCGACUUUCUCUUGCUACACCGGCCGUUCUUCACGAGCUGGUCUUAAGAACAGAAAUCGCUCAAGCGUCUCCGGGAGAAACUUGCGAACCGCCGGAGAAUUUAUCAACGGUGGAAUCAAAAUCCAAUGGAGUUUCUGGUGAUUUAAGAGGUGAGAAGGUGGAAACGAUUUCACAGGAAAAGAGUUUGAUGCUUGGAGAUGUUUUUGAUGGAAUUGACUUGCAAGAUGCAUCUGUUGGUAGUAGACACACAGAUUUUUUCGAUAGCUUUGAGCUUAUGAUAAAUGAAAAUCAAGACUUUGUUCCAGAGAGUUGUGUGAAUCUCUUUGAGGCAUUGGAUGUGAAUGACUAUGGUGGUGAUGGUAUGGUUGCGUCACUGGAUGAUAUCGCGAAACAACCGCUUGAUAUCGUUCAAAAUGUCGUGGAGAAGCCUAAUAUUGCAACUGAAAGUGAUAAAAAGGCAGAGGAGGUUCCUAAAUCUGUUGAAUCUAAUGAAGUUAUAAGUUCUGGAGUUUUGGAAGCUUGUGAUGAAACAGUUCAAAGAGAGAUGGAAUUGGAGAAACCUGUUGAUAGUAGUCAGGUUUUGGUAGAUUCUGUGUCUCCGAUAGUUGAAGAUGAUGAUGUAGAAGAAGGAGAGAUAUCUGGGGAUGAUAAUGAUGAUAUGCUUGUAGAAGAUGAUGAACCAGUCGAAAGACAUGAGGAGUCUAAGGUCUCACAAGAUGGGAUUGGUAACAGCCAUCUCACAAGUCAUGAGAGUUUUGGAAAAGAGCUUGGUGUUGAGAUGGAUCCUGGAACCUCCAUUAAAAAAAGGUCUGCGCCUUCUAAGGAUGCAAAAGCCAGAAAGAGGGCAAAAGCUAGGAAGAAAAGAGCUAAAGAGCGUAUAGCCCUUGGCGUGAAAAAGCUGAAACUGAAACCAGUAGCUCCAAAACCAAAGCCUAUAAAGUAUUGUCGACACUAUCUCAAGGGACGGUGCCAUGAGGGAGAUAAAUGCAAAUUUUCACAUGAUACAACACCGGAAACCAAAUCUUCGCCUUGCUGCUACUUUGCAACCCAGUCAUGUAUGAAAGGAGAUGAUUGUCCUUUCGACCAUGAUCUCUCCAAAUACCCUUGCAAUAAUUUCAUUACUAAAGGUUUCUGCCACAGGGGUGAUAGUUGUUUGUUUUCACACAAGGGUACUCCACAAUCUGCUUCAGACACACCAAGUGCCAAUGUAAUAGCCUCAUCAACUAAUAUCGCUGCAGCGUCUUUCUCUCCUCAGAAAACCAAUAAACAAUCCGUGAGAGAGGCCAUAGCCAAAUUACCGGGAAUCCAAGCAAGAGUUGCAAGCUCUGUUGGGUUUUUGAAGCCCUUGAGUCAUUCUAACCAAAGAAACUCAUCUGAUGCAUCAUCUCCAAAGAUCAAUGAACUUGUAACGCCUCCACAGGUUCCUCCUUUGAGAAAACCAUCCGUUGCUCCAAAGGGUAUGAGUUUUCUCUCUUUAGACAAAACCUCACAAGAGGAUACGGUGAAACCGUCUCCUGCGUCUAAGCCAAACGCAGACAACCCUGAUAAUCAGACAUUGAAGCAGUCACAACCGGGAGGCUCUCUUCCUCUGGUGCCUCCAAAAGGAAUCAGUUUCUUAUCAUUUGCAUCAGAGGAACCAAAAACUCUGAAUCGAGAGCCUCAAGAACCAGCAAGUAGUAGCAAUGUCAAGACAACUCCUAGCUCACACAUUCAAAGUUCUCUACACUCAGCCAUGAAACUCGCUGCAGAAUUCGAAUUGGCUAAAGUUGAAAGACGCAACAAUGAUCCAACAGAAGCUGUAUAUAAGAGCAAUGUUACUACUGUUAACACGACAGUCACCAGAAACUCAGGGAACAUAUCUUCCAAGAUUCUCGAGUUCUUGUCGAGCUUUAGCCAAGGCAAAAACUGAUCUUUAUUUGGUUUUUAAGAUAAGAUGUAUACUUCAUGUAGAUGAAACAGAGCAGUAAUAUUUAAAGCUUUAAGAUCUCUCGUGAAAUUAGUUACAUUUGAAUGUAAUUAUUGCAUUGAUCUAUGAAUUACAGAAUUAGGUUUAUUU